AUGGAAGAAACAAGUAACAAAACCGAACAUGAUCUUAGCGAAGAGGAAACAGAUGAUAGGAUAAUGGAAUCUUUAUUAAGAGCUAAAAAUUAUUUCAGACAAACAAAAGUAUUACGUAAACUCAUCGAAGGAAUAAUAGAAAAUGCAGUUAUUCAAGCACACAACAUAUUAGAUAUUGGUCUUUGGCAUGGAAACAUCGAAAGAAUUAAUUAUGAUCCGGCAUUAUUUGAAGGGACCGAUCCUUUAUACAAAUUAUCAAAAAUCGGAAAUCCUUUUAAUUUGACGGCAAAAAUAUUCAGUGUUAAUCUAGGUUUAAAACUACUUGUUGAAUUUUUAAAGAGAUGGAAUUUACCAAGAAAAUUUAUAAAAUAUAUAAUUUUCGAUGAAAAAUUUGAAGACAAAUACUGUACGAGAUAUAAAUACCGCGUCAUAUUUGGUAUGCCGACUCUAAUACAACCGAUGCCACUUGAAACUGAAAUUGGAUUUUUCACGUUUGUUAUCCUUAAAUGGAAACCAGAUGAUUUUCCCGUUGAUUUUUACUAUAGAUUAGAAGGAAAUUACUUUGUACACCGACACGGAGGUAUGGUCGAUUUUUGUAUCGAAUGGAUCGAAAAUUUCCUUUUGAAGAAAGUUCAGAUGAAGCAAAAAAUAAUUGCAUAUUUACAAAAGUCAGAAAAGAAAGAAACAGAAACAAAUAUAGAUAUAAAUGGAUAG